UCAGUAUCAAGGGUAUGGUUCGGGCGACGGUCGGUGUUGUUUAUAACGAAGAGUUACGUAAACGCGGGCGCAGUGGUGGGCACACGACGCGCGCGGAUGGCAGCGCGGGCGACCACGACGCUCGCCCUGGCGGCGCUGGCGCUGGCCGCGCCCCCGGCGCCGGACUCGCUCUCCGUGCUCGGCGCCAUACUCCCGCCCUUCCUCAGUGCACACUUCGACGAUCUUGUAAAGGCUGCCUCCGCAAGCUGCGAGGCGGUGCCGCAGCAGUUGUUGUUCUCUCGCACGCGGUCGCUGGAGCUACCGGCGACGCAGGUGGUGAAGUUCUCGCGCGGCGGGCGACGCGCGCUGAGCGUGGCAGCGGCGCGCGAGCGGCUGCGGCCGACGGACGCGCUGGUGCUGUACGUGCCGGGCUGGUGGAACACGCCAGACGACCCCUCCUCGCAGGCCAUCGUCAACGCACUCAUGACCAAGCAUUCCUCCGUGCACCUCCUCGACACUCGACUGUCUUUCUGUAGAGGUUACGUCACCGCUGUAUCUAACGUACCUCCUCUCUCGCAUUUACUUUUCGGUUUUAUAAAGAAGCUGCAUAAAUCGGGAUACCCGUUGUCAUCGAUCCACCUGAUAGGCUUCAGUUUGGGAGCGCAUGUCGCCGGCUUCACCGGAAAGUUGGUGAGACAAAAACUAAACACGACACUGGGUCGGAUCACAGCGCUGGACCCGGCGCGGCCGUGCUUCGCGCGCCCCGAGUACCGGCUGGCGCGGGAGGACGCGCAGUUCGUGCAGGUGAUACACUCCAGCACCGGCGUGCUCGGCAUAGAGGAGCCGCUGGGACACGCCGACGUAUAUGUCAACGGCGUGCGCGGCAAGCAGCCCGAGUGCCAGGACAGGAGUAUCAGCCUCGAGUGCGACCACGCCCAGGCCUGGAAGCUCUACUCUGCCUCAGCCGUCAAUGAGAAGUCUUUAAUGGGCCGGCGGUGUUCCAGCUGGGAGGAGCUGCUGCAGGACGAAUGCAGCGGCAACGAAACGGUUUUGGGAUAUUCGUGCAGCACCAACGAGCACGGUAUGUUCCUCUACAAGUCAGAGUACAGGCAACCUGCCACGUCAGAACCACGGCUGCAAGUUUACAACCCGUUUAACUUACUGCGGUGGCCAUUCAGGGGUGUAAAUACGUGACGAUGUACAAUACAGCAAUAAACAAUUGGGGAAGCUGAUCCUACAAGGUCCUGCAUGAGUGUCCAAGAUAAAAAAGGCAAGAUCUGCUCGAUAGAUCGCCUGCUGCCUCCUUUGAUGUGUUAUUAGACAAUAUAGUAAUUACGUGACUGUGAUAUUAGAUACCUAAGUCAUUGUUUAUACAAUUUUGAUGUUUUAUUAAUUUUUAAAGAUAUCAAAUAGCAGAUAUCGGUUUCUUAUAUAUACAGCGCCAUCUAGUUACACUUUUCCGAGUUAUGUUUGAUUCACAUUUUUGAAUAGUUUUAUAUUACUGGCCGCUUGGUGCCGCCACUGCCCUAUGCUUGGUUAGGCAGGGGAGUGAUGGCCAAGGUUUGCUAAGCUAAGUUAGACAGACAUUUGUGCGGCGUUUGGUAUAUAGCUACCUACAUUACUUACAUAACCAGACGUUUAAAUUGCGGUUUACCGUCCCGCUUCGGGCAGAACGUGUACCUAUACCUACGUAGUAAGUUAGUAACUGCACAUUUAAAUGAAGCAGUUAAAAUUAUUCAUUCAUUAUUUUAUAUAUUAAAAAUAAACGACCACUAUAAUAACUAUUACCGUGAUUUAAUAAUAUUUCAACCUACUACAGUUCAUGAAGCACGGUUAGUGUUGAUUUCCCACGAAAUUAUUAUUUAUUUCAUUUUCACAUUUUUAUCACAUUUUCUGAAUCCCAUAGGAUUCAGAAAAUGUAGUUUCGGAUCUAAGUAGUGUGAUGUACAUGCGGAAUUAUGUUUGGUCACGCACCCACGACAUAGAAGAAAAUAAACGCUGUUGGGGCAACGAUUCCUUUUUAAAAACUAAGUGAAGUCGUGUGUAGUGCGUAGUGCUCAGCCACGUCGCUGUCGCCAUGACGAUGUCAAUGAUUGAAACAACAGUUACAGCGGAUUGUUACGUGAACAGUGAACACGUCGGCCCUACAUGACUGAUACCCACUCUACAUGAGCCACACUACACCUACUCCGCAUAAACUAUUCAGAUUGAUAGUUUUCCUUUUGGGGGCGUAAAAUUUCAUUAACCUCGCUUUAGUUGGAGCAGCAAUUUGGUAAAAUAUCACGUUUCUCAAGCCAUUUAUAUUCCAUCAGAGCUCAUCAAUAUAUCCGGGG